AUGGCUGACAAAUUCCCUGCUUUGGACGAUAUCGAACAGGAUAUUCAAGACGGUGACGCCGACUUCCUCAAGAGAGAACAGGAGUUGUUGGGAGACGAAUUCAGACAGCCGGAAGACGCGGAAGUGGUCGAGGACGAUGAGGUUUCCAAGUUUGAAUCCCAGUUCCCAUCGGUUGAAAGCGAUGAAGAGGCUGCUGAGGAACCUGUCGAGGAGACUGCGACCCAGUUUGAGACUUUGGCGGUCAACGACGACUACUCCGGCGAAUCGGACGCCAUCAGAUCCUGGAAGGAAAGCCGCACGUUGGAGAUCUCCAAGCGUGAUGAGGUGGCUGCCAAGAAGAAGGAGAGCAUCAAAGAAGAGGCCCAGAAGGCCAUCGACGACUUCUACGACAACUACAACAACAAGAAGGAGCUGGGGAUUGAGGAGACCAGAAAGGCCGAGACGGAGUUCUUGGAAGAGAGGGACAACUUUUUAAGCAAGGACACGACGGUGUGGGAUCGCGUGCUCACGUUGGUGAAUGAGAAUGAGAGCACGGAGGUGGGUGGGAGAGACAAGACCAAGUUUAAGGAGUUGUUGGGGAAGUUGAAGGGGAAUGCGAAGGCUCCGGGGGCUGCGGGGUACUAA